AUUUACGCCGAGAACAAACUCGAGAAUUUUUGGAAAUCCAGAGAAAGAAAAGAGGUCUUCGAGUUAAGACAAAACGACAAGGCGAAGUAACUAAUCUUAAUUUUGAUGAUGAGAAACCUAAAACUACUGUUCCCUCUAUUACUUUUCUAAAUUCUUCAAGCAAAGUCUCCGAUUAUUCUUCAGAGAGCUCGAUUCCUCAUGUACUUCCUCCAAUUUAUACACACGAUUCUCCUUGA